GAAGGAUGAGAUAAGAAUAAAUAGGCACAUUUAAAUGAAUACGAAUGAGAAGAAUUGGGUUUGACACGCGUGGAGGGCGUCGUUUGGGGAUUGACCUACAUUGCUGGGGAGGGGAGUAGUUCGUUGGAUGAUGAAUGUUACGCUCAUAAUGAGCAUUAUUAGUUUACUAUUAUGUACAUUACCAUUCAGCCGCUUCUUUCUCAUCAUUAUUGUUAUCAUUGGCCAGUUCAGGCUUAGUCAUCAGUUCCGAUGGAAACGCGAUUUUAUGUAUGUUUCCGAGGUGAAUUCUACCGAUGCCACGUGUUUCCAGGAUUGCAAUGAUGAGUGGAAAAGUGUAUUUGAACAUGAAUUCAACUUGAGCACCACUGAUUUUUAUGAUUUCCCUUUACAUCCCGCAGUACUGGAUCGUGCUGGAUUCGUUACUUACUGCAAUAUAUCAGAACAACGCACUCAGUGCUACAUUAAUGAAUGUAAUGAUCAGUCUGCAGUUCGAGUAUUUUCACCAUCUAAUUUCCUAUGCCGUUUCAAGAAGCAUCAUUUUUUGGAAGCGCGAAGCUGCUUGGAAAAGACGGAACCUCUAACGUUUCUGAAAUGUGAUCAGACAUGCCACUUGGAAGCAUUGAAGAAUAUCGAAAACAGAGAGCGAGCAUUUCCGGGCAAGGUGUUCACUAAAAAAGAAACAAGCAAAUAUGAACGGGAACUUGGUCUACUUUGUUCUUUUCAGUCAUGUUAUCUGCAAUGCGAAGAAUUGAUAGUGAAAGGAAGCUGCGAAAGAAAAGAAGCUGAUUCAGCGCUUGCAUUGAUCUCACAGUAUGUUACGUGGCAUGCAUCAGAUAUCUACGAUUGGCACAUCCUUUCAGACUCCCUCGAUCAUUUUCCAUCAAGUUGUCAACGAUUGGCGUUAACAUUAUCCAAUUCUGAUCCCGUUGUUCGCAUAAUCAGUGGCUUCUCUUAA